UCGCUCUCGGGUCGUGUUGCCAUGGCGGCGAGGGCGGGGGUCUCCAAGCAGGACCUCCGGCAGCAGGUGUGGGACUACAUGGAAGCACACAAUCUGGCUGACUUCCCUCGCCCUGUUCAUGGCAGGAUCCCCAACUUCAAGGGCUCACACCAGGCUGCCCAGCAUCUCCAAGACCUGGACAUCUUUGCCAAGGCACAGGUAGUCAAAGUGGACCCUGAUAAACCGCUGGAAGGUGCCCGGCUGCUGGUGCUGCAGAAAGAGAAGACACUGCUGGUGCCCACGCCCCGCCUGCGGACAGGCCUCCUCAAUCAUGUCACACCACCCUCUGGGGCCAGCAAAGCUGUGCUGAGGACCUGUGCCACCUCCCAGGGUGUACGGAGUUAUAGCACACCUGUUGGCCUGGAUUCUAGGGUCCAGGUGGACCUGGUGGUGGUGGGGUCCGUGGCAGUUUCUGAGAAGGGCUGGAGGGUCGGGAAAGGUGAGGGCUAUACCGAUCUGGAGUUCGCCAUGAUGGCAGCCAUGGGUGCAGUCAGCCAGGAGACGCCGGUGCUCACCAUAGUGCAUGACUGCCAGGUGUUGGACUUCCCUGAGGCACUGCUAGGACCGCAUGACCUCACUGUGGACUUUAUCCUCACGCCCACACGCUUGCUGACCACCCACUGUGCGCGCCCUAGGCCUGUUGCUGUCUUCUGGGCCCAGAUCAGCAAGGACAUGCUGGCCAGGAUCCCAGUGCUCCGGAGCCUGCGCACUCGGGAGCAACAAGCUGGCAAGGAUGUGACUCUCCAGUCCAAACCCCUGCAGUCAGCAGGCAGGCACUCUGACACCUCAGGAGCAAGAUGGGACGGCACCUGUCACAUUGGCCUGCAUGAAGGAGCUGGGACAAGUCCCCCUGAAGUUGAGCAUGACCAUCUCUGGGCUUACCCAGUAGGGUCUGCACCCCAAGGCCUUCCUGCACUGCCCACACCCUGCCACCAACGCCCGGAGGGUUGGCUGCCUGCAGAGCGCACACCUCGUUACCAGCAUCCUCAGGGUGGCCCUGGCCUGGCAGACAGCUGCACCCGAGCAAAACACCCUCUCUUGGGUCCAGCUGGCAGUGACACAUGAGUAUGAAA